AUGGCCGAUGACAUUAAGGACGAGGGCGCGCCGAUGACUCCGGGGAUGCUGUGUACGGAAGCCGCCCAUGAGUCGCUAGCGAGGUUGUAUGCGGAAGAGGCAUGGCUUUCGAAUGACCCAUACUUACGGGCGUCCAUCGCCCUCCUCAUGCGACUCGAAAUCCUUCACUCGUAUGACGACGUGCUAGAGGGAACGGAAGGUAGAAUGUCGUCGCACUCGCCCGGACCUACCGAUCAGGCGCACUCGUUGGCGUUACCAGAUGAGGACAUAGCGGGCUUGCUUGCGUCCGUCGAAGACUAUCUCUGGUUCCGCUUGUGGCUUUGUCGUCCUCCGCUCGAACAGGAAGCGACCUUGGGCCAGUGGACCUCCAACUCGGAUUUCGUCAACUUGACGGAGAUCCAGGAAAAUAUGCGAGUGUGCGGAAGCAAGCACUUUGACCCCGAAGGCAAGCAGCCACUUGUCUACGCAUUUGUCCUUGUGUGCUGUGGUUUGCACGAGGAGGCUGUUUCUUACCUCACAUCCCACGCUAACGAGCACCUCAUGCACGCGGCUGUUCACAUCGCCAUAGUCCUCUAUCAGCUACGCUGGAUUGAUGACGAUAUGGCCUUCCAUGCUAUACUUGCGCGCUAUAUCUCAAACUUUUCGCGCUUGUUUCCAACCGAAGCAGCGCUCUACUUGAUGACUUUGCGGGACCGAGAUAGGUUGCGCCAGUCUCUGAAGGAACUCAUCCUGGAGACUGGCGAAUAUGAACUGCUCACGAAGGGCGAUGGCGAUGGGGAGCUACUGGGAGCCCUUGGAAAGCUACCGCCGCGUGGGAAAGAACUGCCCUCUGGUCUUACCGCAGCUGACAUUGAGAAUAUCAGGGUAGAUACUGCGCACGUUGGGGCUUUAGAGGCUGCGCAGAGAGGCGAAUUUGCUAUUGCAGCGGAUUUGUAUAAGUUGAGUGGAGAAUUGGCGGAAAGCGCAGAUAUGACCAUGAGGAAUCUAGCAGAGGUCGUUGAUAAGCAAUCGUCUUCUCGACGAGCUCCAGCCAUAGCAGAAGCACAAAAGGUGCUACAGAGCUCUUGUGCUUCAAAUAUUGUCGCAACAUCCAUUGCUGCCCUCUUGAAAACGUCUGAGUUUUUUGAAGAAUACUGGAAAGGGAGAUACCAAUCGGCAUGGGACGCGCUACGUCACACAGGUGUCGUACCAAUUGCUGCAGCCGACAUUGCAAAUUGUCGAUGGGACCUCGCCGGUUCCCAGGCGAAAUUCGAUCAUUGCCUGCAAGAAAAUACACUUCAAGUGCUGCAGCUGGCUCUGAACAUUGCAGAAGUUGCGCUAGAACAAAACGAAGUGCAACAUCUAGAUAGUCCUCCAAGGCGCGGAGACAACAGACCUCAUGAAAUUAGAGGUAACCCACCACUGCCCUAUCGGUCCGAAAUGAAGGCCCUGUGCAUGUUCGCUGGAUGCAUCCAAAUAUCAGACGCCGUUACGAGCGAAAAGCUCAUUCGCAUUGAGAUGCUUUUGAGCCGAUGA